AUGUCCCUCAAACCCCACCCCCGCCCCGCCAGCCCCGGCCCCGGCCGCGAAAAGGACCCCGCCACAACGCGCGACGCCUCCCCGACCCCGACGCUCCACACCGCGCCCUCCCCACGCCCGUCUCCUUGGCUCGCAUGGAUCGCCUCCGUGCGCGUGGGCUCCGGCAUCGUCAGGGACGUGAAGGCCCGCGCGCCGUGGUACGUGAGCGACUGGUCCGACGCGUGGAACUACAGGGUCGUGCCCGCCACCGCCCUCAUCUUCUUCGCCAACGUCCUCCCCGGCAUCGCCUUUUCCCUCGACCUCAUCGAGACCACCGGACAGUACGGCGUCGCAGAGGUCCUCGUCUCCUCCUUCAUGGCCGCCUUCGUCUUCUCCGUCUUCGGCGCCCAGCCCCUCUGCAUCGCCGGCGUCACGGGCCCCAUCACCGUGUUCAACCAGACCAUCUACAGGAUCGUCGAGCGCCAGCCCGACGCGCCCAACUACCUCCACUUCAUCGGCUGGGUCUACCUCUGGGCCGCCGUCCUCCACUGGAUCACCGCCGCACUCAACUGGUGCAACUUCCUGAAAUACGUCACCCUCUUCUCGUGCGACACCUUCGGGUUCUACGUCUCCUGGGUCUACCUCCAAUACGGCGUCCAAGUCCUCACCCGCCAACUCCCUUCCCCUUCCCGCUCCUCCUCCCCCACCACCGCCCUCGAUGGCGCCCUCGUCUCCAUAAUCCUCGCCCUCCUCAUGCUCCUCACCGCCGCCCUCUUCCGCGCCUUCGCCCGCUCCGCCCUCGCCCACCGCCACGCGCGCCGCUUCGCAGCCGACUACGGCAUGCCCCUCGCCCUCGUCGCCGCCUCCGCGCUCGCGUACUGGGGGCGCUUCGACGCCGCGCACCCCGCGACGCUCCCCGUGCGCGGCGCGUUCGAAGCGGCCGGCGGGCGCGCGUGGCUCGUGCGCUUCUGGGAGCUCGACGGCAAGUGGGUCGGCGUCGCGCUCCCAUUCGGCCUCGUCCUCUGGGUGCUCUUCUUCUUCGACCACAACGUCUCCUCGCUGAUGGCGCAGGGCGCCGAGUUCCCGCUGCGCAAGCCGCCCGGGUUCCACUACGACUUCUUCCUGCUCGGCAUCACCACCUUCCUCGCGGGCCUCCUCGGCGUGCCCGCGCCCAACGGGCUCAUCCCGCAGGCCCCCAUCCACACGCAGGCCCUCGUCGUCCUCGGGCGCCCGCGCGCGCACCGUGACGACGACGACGACGACGCGGACGUGGAGAGCGUCCGCGAGUCUGCGCGCGGCCCCGGCCCCGGCCCCGCGCCCCGCGAGGUGCCCGUCGCGGUCGUCGAGCAGCGCGUGUCGAACCUGGCGCAGGGCGCGCUGUGCCUCGUGCUCCUGACACGGCCGUUCCUGCACGUCCUCAGCCUCAUCCCGCGCGGCGUCCUGGCCGGCCUCUUCUGGUACAUGGGCUGCGACGCGCUGCUCGCGAACGGGAUCACGCGCAAGCUCGCGCACCUCGCGCGCGACCGCGCCCUCGCGCCGCCCGGCGAGCCGCUGGCGCGCGUGCGCGCGAGCCGCGUCGCGUUGUUCGUCGGCGUGCAGCUCGUCGGGUUCGGCGCUGCGAUGGCCAUCACGCAGACGAUCGCCGCGAUCGGCUUUCCUGUGGUGAUCCUGCUGCUCAUCCCCCUCCGGACGCUCGUGGUGCCGCGGAUGCCGUUCACGGCGGAGGAGCUCGCGAUCCUGGACGGGCCCACCGCGUCCCCGUUCACGAUGGAGUCGGUCGGUGGGGCGCGGUGAUGGGAGAGAAUAAACGCGCGGGCGGGGUCGAGGCCACGUCCCUGUGUGUGUAUCAUCGUCGCACGACCCUUGCGGGAGCCUGCAUGGGAAGAUGCAGUAAAAUUAGAGCUGGAGAGCAUGAGGUCGCGAACCUAGACACCUUCCGCUUUCGGCUGUUCGCGCUCCUCUAAUAAUUCUUAUCUUUUUUUUCU